UUGCCGCAAGAAGAAAUUGAUGUACCCGCACAUGAGUUACCCGAUCCCGAAGCCGAUAACGGAGACAUUAACUUAACACUCAAAGAGCAAGAACAGAAGUGGACAGACAUAGCGUUAAACACCCUCAACGAACAUCAAUAGCAUGGAAUUGCCUAAUAUCGGAAUACAGUGUUCAGUGUCAACUUGUAAACAAUUAGACUUUCUUCCUUUAAAGUGCAAAUGUGGCCUAUUUUUUUGCUCAGACCAUUUCAACCAGCAUUCCGUCGAUUGCGCUAUCGACAUUGCUAACAAACCCAACUUGGAAGCGUCACCCGCUAGCUACCUUUGUUCUCAACCUUUGUGCACGACACGCAGCUACAUACCCUUACUGUGCGAAAAAUGUUCGCAACACUUCUGCAUUGCCCACAGACACCUUGGCACUUGCGUACCAAAAAGUUCGGACGAACUAACCGCAGAAUUGGACAAAUUUACAGCCCCCGUUAAACAAUUCAAUGAAAUAAAAAAAAAAUUGGACAUACAGCUCAACAAUAAUCUCGAAGAGGCUAAGAAGAAAGAAAAAUCGCAAUCACUAGCCAACAAGGUACAAUUAAUGCGGAUUAAAAACAAAGCGACGGGGUUGAAAAGUAUACCGGCUACCGAUAGGGUUUACUUUAACGUACAGCUUCCGACAACGGCAAAACUAAAAGAAAUGCCUGUCUUUGUUUCUAAGAUCUGGACAUUAGGAAGGGUUAUUGAUGCUGUAGCCGAAGAGGGCAAACUGACUAAUAAGAAUAAUCAAUCCAAUUUGCCUCAGCUGCGUCUUUUUCUGAAAUCAUCUCGUGAAGUAGUCUCUUCCAAUCUCGGUGUUACAAUGCAAGAGUUGCUCUUUAACGGCGCAAUUGUUGAUGGUGAUAAUUUAAUUAUAGAAUAUGUCAAGGAGGAAUGUACCAUCUUAGCACAAUAAAGCUUUCUUUUCACUUUG